AAGAACUGAAAAGUUCGUUAAUUAAUGCUGCCAUUAGUACCAAUAUUUGAUCUUUUCGUGUUAUGAGCCAUUCAUGGCCUUGAGAACCUGGAGAAGACUGAUUACGUUUCCUAGAUUGCCAUUAUUAUAUUUUGUAAGUUGUAACUGUAAAUGUAGCAAUUAAAGUAUUAAAAUCACCACAAUUUUGGUAUUGAUAUAUCAUAUUGAAACACGUGAUAAGCAUAUCAAAAUCAUGGAGGGAAGUUCUUCUUCUUCUUCUUCUUCUUCUCUCUCAAAGUCUUUUUCUGAUGUAGAUGAUUCACUACUCUUAGUUGAUGAUUUCUACUUUUCAGCCCUCUUUGAUUCUGAAGAAUUAUUCCCAAUCAAUGAUGAGAAAUAUGCAGAGGAACUACAUUUACAAGAGGCUCUAUAUUCUUCUGCUAUAAGCCUCAAGAGAAAACUCAAAGAGGUUCAUUCUGAAUCUUCUACUCAUCAAUCUCAUCAUCGUCAUCAUUAUCUUCGUGAUGAUCAAGUAGUCUUGUGUGCUAUUUGCAUGGAUUCAAAACCAUCCAAAGAGAUUUUCAUCAACCAAAACUGCAACCACUCAUUCUGUGAUGAAUGCAUUGCAAAAUAUGUAGCUGCAAAGAUUCAAGAGAAUAUAUCACAUGUGAAGUGUCCUGAACCAAAAUGCAGAGAAAUCAUGGAGCCUCAGAAUUGCAUGUCAAUAAUUCCAAAGGAAGUGUUUGAAAGAUGGGAGAAUGCACUUUGUGAGAAUCUGGUUCUUGCAACAUCAAAGAAAUUCUAUUGCCCUUUCAAGGAUUGUUCAGCAAUGUUGGUGAAUGAUGAUGGGAGUGAAGUUGUGACUUGUUCUGAGUGUCCAAAUUGUCAUAGAUUGUUCUGUGCACAGUGUAAAGUUCCAUGGCAUGGUGGAAUGGAAUGUGGUGAGUUUAUGAGUUUGAAUGAAAAUGAAAGAGAGAAGGAAGAUCUUAUGGUGAUGAAUCUUGCAAAGGAUAAGAGAUGGAGAAGGUGUUCUAAAUGCAGAUUCUAUGUUGAAAAAAAUCAGGGAUGUUCACACAUUUCUUGCAGGUGUGGCCAUCAAUUCUGUUAUGCUUGUGGAAAGCCAUGGAAUCAGUACCAUGGUUGUACAUAAAUAGAUAUCACUAAGAAUUUUAAUAGUUCAUCAACUACUUAGAUUACAAGUGACAGUUUUACUAUUUUCAGAAGUUAGAAGUUUUUGUGAAGUUGUAAUGCAUACUGAUUUUGUUGUUAAUUAUGCUCUUUUAAGUACUUAUAUUAUCUAACUAAUUUGACUCUGUCAUUUUUAAAUCUCACCAGAUAUAUCAUAUUUGGUUAUUU